AUGUGUUAUGACAAAGCAAAACUUAAACAAGAGCACAAAAAGUUGGUAUCAAAUAUAACACAUGAGCAACAUGAUGUCUACAACACAAUAAUAAAUGAUGUAAAUUCAAAUCAAGGAGGAGUUUUUUUUGUCUACGGUUAUGGAGGAACUGGAAAGACAUUUGUUUGGAGAACUAUUUCGGCAGCAUUGAGAUCAAAGGGAGAAAUAGUUCAUAAUGUUGCUUCAAGUGGUAUAGCUUCUCUAAUAUUACCCGGAGGAAGGACUGUGCAUUCAAGGUUUGAAAUUCCCCUAAAGCCAAAUGAGGAUUCAACAUGUAAUAUCAAACAAGGUAGUCAUCUUGCAGAACUCAUUAUUAAGUGCAAACUUAUAAUUUGGGAUGAAGCACCAAUGAUGCAUAAGCGUUGCUUUGAAGCACUUGAUAGAAAUGGAGAAAUUCAGGGGCAGACAAUUGGAUGUGAAAACAUUACUAUUCCAAAAGAGAAUUUGUUGAAAUGUUCUAGAGAUCCCAUUGUAACUAUUGUGGAAAGUACAUAUCCAUCACACUCCAAUAUUUUUUAUGAUCCAACAUACUUGGAAAAUAGGGCAAUAUUGGCUCCAACACUUGAUGUGGUUGACUCUAUCAAUGAAUAUAUGACUUCUUUAAACACAUAUGAAGGAAAUACAUAUUUCAGCUUUGACAGUGCUUGCAGAUCAUAUUCAAAUAUUGAUCUAUUAGCUGAUGUGCACACGCCUGAAUUUUUGAAUGAGAUCAAGUGUUCUGGUGUGCCUAAUCAUGAACUCAGGCUGAAAGUAGGAACUCCGAUUAUGCUCUUGAGAAAUAUUGACCACUCAGUUGGUUUAUGUAAUGGGACAAUGAUGGUUAUUACUAAACUUGGAAAUCAUGUUUUAGAAGCAAAUGUAUUAUCUGGAAGUAGUGCAGGUCAUAAAAUCUUGAUUCCAAAAAUGGCAUUAACUCCUUCAUAUUUGAGACUGCCUUUUAAAUUUCAAAGAAGACGAUUCCCUCUAAUCGUCUCUUAUGCAAUGACGAUUAACAAGAGUCAAGGUCAAUAA